AUGGAUCUGUUUUUCUUCUUCCUCCUCUAGCAUGCCUUCUCGACUGUAAAUCAUGCUUUCGAGUUUUUUGCUUUUGUGUUUAGCGGUGCCGCGGUGGGACUGUUCUGUUUGCUAUCUUUGAUCUUGAUAUAUAAAAAAAUUUACCGGUUUCCUGUAUUUAUGAACACCUGGAAAAAUUUCUUUUCCCUUUUCCAGCUUCCAAGUGAUCAUUUCACGUUGACUUGGUAUUAAGGGAGUAUCUAGAAGCUGAGUUGUUUCUAGUUCGUUUAAUUAGCAGAAUUUCUGUGUGUGUUUACCGCGAAAACUGAUGGCCAUGGAGGACCUGUUUGGUUAGUGGCGCUAAUUGGCGUUGAUUGCUAAAAGCAGAUAGGAAGCUUCCCAAUCUAUUUCCCUCGUGAACUGUUAGAAAAAGUACAAAAGAAAAAGGGUGUUCAUCUAUAUUUUGGCCAGUAUCGGAGAAAAGAUAUCCAGAGAGUUGUAAAAAUAUAUCAGAAAGAUGGGAUCUUUCAAAGGUCAUGCAUUGCCAGGGACACUGUUUCUUCUAGUAGGGGCUUGGCAUAUAUGGGGUGCUGUGGUGAGAUUUGUAUCUAACCCAAAAACGUUUCGGGUCCGGGUCUGGAAUCCCGUGAAUGGCUUUGAUGGAAGAUUCAAGCAUUUGGAGCUCUAUGUCAUAUUAAUUGGUGCUUUCAUUGACCUGUGCGUCGAGUUCCUGUAUGCGACCCAUCUCAAGUUUACUGUAAAGGGGGUUUUGAAUCCUUCUCAUAUGAACAAUUUCGAACACUCUGGGAUGCUUCUCAUGUUUUUUGUCUUCAGUAUUGUUACCCUGCUCUCGGAGAAGACAAGAUUUUUUUCAUUGCCGGAAGGUGCUCUUUGUUUCAUAGCCGCCACAGCAUUCUGUGCUGAGUAUCUUCUAUUCUACUUUCACUCAACAACCCACAAGGGCCUUGAGGGCUACUUUCACACCAUCCUUGUGCUUCUCAUAGGACUUUGCAUUCUGUCUGCGAUUGCAGGUGCCAUCUUCCCUACCAGCUUUCCUGCAGAUUUGUGCAGUGGCAUUGCCAUAACCCUCCAAGGCUUUUGGUUCUGGCAAACUGCCUUUGUUCUUUAUGGCCCGAUGAUGCCACGUGGCUGUGUGCUUAAAGGUGAUGAAAUCAUGUGCCAUUCUGGAGACAGUGAGGUUAGGGGUGAAUUGCUUGCCAACUUUCAGCUCUUUCUUUUGGUGUUAGGGGUUCUUGUUGGAACUAUUGUAGCAUAUCGCUUUGCAGCUUCAAGAUACGGGGAUUCUGAUGCGAAGAGGCUGCAUUCUGUUCAGGAUGGAUCAGGUCAUGACUGAGUUUAGUAGUCUCUCUGCUAUAUCCUGUAAUAUUCCAAUUUUUUGACUGGUUACACGAGGAAUAAGAGCAUGGUUUCUUUUAGAACUUGUAUUUGCUUAAUGAAGUUGACGAGUACAUGUGUAGUAUUGUAAUUAGCUGAAAAUUGAGUUUUUUUUCCCAAAAGGACUUUCAGGGAUUAAAUGUAAAACAGGGACACAAAAAAAAUGGAGAUGGUAUUCUUUUUUCCU